AUGCGCCGCGUAUCACGAAAACUGCACCAACUUUUGGGACCAAAACCCCACGAAACCUCAUUUCAUUACACCGACCUACUACAUCAUUGCAAAACCACUGACUGCAUUAAAAAAACUCACGCCCAAAUCGUUAUUGGAGGCCACGAACAAGACCCAUUUAUUGCUGCUAAACUAAUUGAUAAAUAUUCACAGCUUGGCGGGUCCAAUGUUGAACACGCACGCAAAGUGUUCGACAAUUUGUCCCAAAGAGAUGUUUUCUGUUGGAACGUUGUCAUCAAGGGUUACGCUAAUAUGGGUCCUUUCGUGGAAGCCUUAAACGUUUAUGAUGACAUGCUUUUGAGUGGUGCUACUCCGAACCGCUACACUUACCCUUUUGUGCUGAAGGCUUGUAGUGCCGAGAGGGCUUAUAUAAAGGGGCGAAUUGUUCAUGGGCAUGCUGUGAAGUGUGGAUUGGACUUUGAUUUGUUCGUUGGUAAUGCCCUUAUUGCGUUUUAUGCAAAGUCUCAGGAGAUUGAAGCGGCAAGAAAAGUGUUUGAUGAAAUGCCUAUCAGAGAUGUUGUUAGUUGGAAUUCCAUUAUGUCGGGAUAUAUCACAAAUGGGUAUGUGGAUGAUGCUGUAAUGCUAUUCUAUGAUAUGUUGAGAGAUGAUGAUAUUGGUUUUCCUGAUAAUGCCACCCUUGUAACUGUUCUUCCUGCAUUCGCUGAGAAAGCAGAUAUUCAUGCAGGAUAUUGGGUUCAUUGUUAUAUUGUUAAGACAGGGAUGAAACUUGAUCCUGCUGUUGGUUGUGGUCUUAUAACAUUAUACUCAAAUUGUGGCUAUAUAACCAUAGCAAGAGCUGUUUUUGACCAGAUACCGGAUAGAAAUGUCAUUGUUUGGAAUGCAAUUAUUAGGUGCUAUGGGAUGCAUGGUUUUGCGCAGGAGGCGCUCAGUAUGUUCCAGCAACUAGUUGAUUCUGGCUUGCAUCCGGACGACAUUGUGUUUUUGUGUUUGUUAUCGGCUUGCAGUCAUGCAGGCAUGCAUGAACAGGGCUGA